AUGCCUACUCAACUCGACAGAGCACUCAACUCAAAGAACCUCUUCUUUGCCUUCACCGGACUCGUUGCCGCGUCUGCAGCAUGGUCCAUCUUUGGAGGCGACAUCUUUCCUCAACAGCCUGAUCCCACUGGUGAACCUGAGGAUUGGACCCAUGAGGAAUUGACCAGAUGGCUGAACCGCAGAAACCUCAUGGCUAGCAGUACAUCAUCCAAGGAGGAGUUGAUGGCUAGAGUAAAGGCCAACAUGCGUGCCCCUCAGUAA